AUGGGCGAGCCAAUAGGAUCGCUCCAGGUGACAGUAAUUCGAGGAAAGAAACUGGUGAUCCGAGACUUCAAGUCAAGUGAUCCUUACGUGAUACUCAAAUUGGGAAAUGAGUCAGCAAAGACCAAAGUGAUAAACAAUUGCCUGAAUCCUGAGUGGGAUGAGGAACUGAGCUUUACACUGAAAGAUCCUGCAGCAGUUCUCCAAUUGGAAGUGUUUGAUAAAGAUAGGUUCAAGUCAGAUGACAAGAUGGGCCAUGCCUCUCUCAGCCUUCAACCGCUCAUUUCAGUCGCCAGACUGAGGCACAUAGUCCGCGUGUCCUCUGGUGAGACAACGCUUAGGAAAGUGCUGCCAGAUUCUGAUAACUGCUUAUCUCGGGAGAGCACAAUCAGUUGCAUAGACGGAGAGGUUGUGCAGAGCGUGUGGCUCAAGUUGUGCGCUGUUGAAUCUGGCGAGGUUGAGUUGAAGAUCAAGUUGAUUGAUCCUCCUGGAAACAACAAGUAG